UGUCCCUGGGCUGCGCGCGCGGCCGUCCGUCUCCACCAGCGCGGCCCCUCAGGCGGGAAGCCACCAGGCGGGCGAAGGCGCGAAGCCACCCGCUCAGGCAGCCCGCCCGCCUCAGACUGCGGGGCCCACGGCAUGAAGGCGGCGAAGGCGGCUCCUCGCUCCUAGUCAGAAUAAUGCGAGUCGCGGACCCGAGAGGCCCCGAGUCGCUGCCGCUGCCGCCGCCGCCGCCUCCGCCAUGUCCCCCCCGGCCUCGGCGGCUGCCCUGGCCAGCAGCAGCAGCGAGAGAGGCAGCAGCACCUCGGUGCCUCAGGAGGAGGAGGCGGAGGCGGCGGAGGGCGCCCGCGAGGAGCAGCGACCAGUAAAGCAGUCUCUGAGCAAGUCACUCUGUAGGGAGUCACACUGGAAGUGCCUGGUUCUCUCCCUCCUCAUGUAUGGCUGCAUGGGAGCCAUGACUUGGUGCCAUGUGACUAAGGUGACGCGGCUGACUUUCGAUAGCGCCUACAAGGGAAAAUCCAUGAUGUAUCAUGAUAGUCCAUGCUCUAAUGGUUAUAUCUACAUCCCUUUGGCUUUUCUUGUGAUGCUGUAUGUGGUGUACCUCGUGGAGUGCUGGCAUUGCUAUACCCGCAAUGAACUCCAGUACAAAGUAGAUGUGGAGAGCGUGCAUGAACGUGUCCAGAGGAUGCAGCAGGCCACACCAUGCAUCUGGUGGAAAGCCAUCAGCUACCAUUAUGUCAGGAGGACUCGCCAGGUCACCCGCUAUCGCAAUGGGGAUGCUUAUACCACCACCCAAGUGUACCAUGAGAGGGUCAACACUCAUGUGGCAGAAGCAGAGUUUGACUACUCUAACUGUGGGGUGAAGGACAUAUCAAAGGACUUGAUUGACCUGGAGAAUUUCCCAGCCACUCGUCUUCGCUUCACUAAGUGCUUCAGUUUUGCCAAUGUGGAGUCUGAAAAUUCCUAUUUGACCCAGAGGGCACGCUUCUUCACAGAGAAUGAGGGACUGGAUGACUACAUGGAGGCAAGGGAAGGCAUGCACCUCAAGAAUGUAGACUUUAAAGAGUAUAUGGUGGCCUUCUCAGACCCAGACAACCUUCCUUGGUAUGUUUCCCACUAUGUCUUCUGGGUUGCUGCUCUAUUAACUUUGUCCUGGCCCUUGCGAGUUUUGAAUGAGUACCGCACUUCUUUUGUCCACUACCAUGUAGAGAAACUCUUUGGAUUUGAUUAUGUGGCAGUGACUCCGGCUGAAGAGCGCCCUUUCUGCCGGAGGAUGCCAAGGGUCAACACUGUGGAUAGUACUGAGCUAGAGUGGCACAUCCGAUCCAAUCAGCAGCUGGUGCCCAGCUACUCAGAGGCUGUCCUCAUGGACUUGGUGGGGUUGUCUAGUUGCACUACUUAUUCUUCGUGUCGCUAUGGGAGCUACAGACAAAACUGUGAGCAGUGUCAUAGGACUAUAAGCAGCUCAUCCAUCUUCUCCCGAAGCGCCCUCAGUAUUUGCAAUGGCAGUCCCAGGAUCCCCUUUAGCAGCAGCCGUUUCUCACUUGGGCGCCUCUAUGGCUCACGGCGCAGCUGCCUCUGGCAGAGCAGGAGUGGGAGCUUAAAUGAUCAGAGCUGCCCAACUGAACAGACCCGCCUGUCCAGCCAAGUCACUGUGGAGGAGGAAGAUCCCCCUCCUUACCAGGAUGCUCUCUAUUUCCCCAUCCUCAUUGUGCAUCGAAAUGAGGGUUGCCUCAACCAUGAUCACCGUCAUCUCCAUCGGAAUGGGUCCUGUGUGGAGACCUCACUGUGAGGGUAUGGGAACUACCCGCAAGAAAUGCCCUGUAACCAGAGGUGGUUGUGGGACAGAUAGGGUAUAGCACAGGAACAGAGGUCCCAACUGUCAGUUAUGUCAGACAAGAUUGUUCCUCCUCAUGAUCUUAUGGAGGACUCAAGAGCUCCUGAGUCCCAUUCUGGCUCUGGAGGCCUGUAAUGGCUUUGUUCCAAGGUAGGCAGCUUACAGCAACCAUCAGGAACCACAGCACAGAAUUGCAAAUGGAUAACCAUAUACAAAAAACCCAAAUCAAAUUAUUUUAAAAAGUAGAAAGGACAACCAGUAACAGCCAGAGUACUGGAGUUGUUUCUUUCCAACUCUGUCUCCAACUAACCAAACCACCUAUUAGGAACUGCCUUUGGGGGCUGCUGUUCCAGCUUAGUACAGCAGAUGAGUCCAUUGGCAGUGUGGCAUGUUUCCUUCUCAAGUCAAAUACUAGUGCUGUUUUUCCAGCCAGGAGCUGAAAAGUAGUUGAGAAGCAGCUACAAGUCAGGCCUUUUUCCUUUUUUCAAGACCAUGCUCCGACUGUUACACUGUUCUCAGCUGCUGAGGACAUAAGAUCUUAGGACAUUUUCUUGGAAAGCCUUGCUGUUUCACAUCUGAGAAUCAACAUCUCAUAGCUAAAGCUUAAAGCAUUCAGCCCACGUUCCUUUCCUUUUUUGUGGCAGCAGAAAGCAAGAGUGAACAGGGAACUUCCAAAGGUUAUCCCAAACGUUAAUACAGUCUUGAAUCCAAGUCCAGGAGAAAGCCCAGUGUACAAAGUAAGCCAAAGAAUUUGCCAUGUGCAUGUCCACUGUGUGCUGCUAGCAUUGCAUUGGGUAAGAAGAGGAAAUAGGCAUCAGUGGCGAACUUGGGAUAUAUGAAGUGAGUGAAACCUAGCCAUAGUGGAGACAGGAAAAAAAGUCUCAUGGGAGGUUCUGAGUGGUACAGUUUGUCUAUUAAUAAUACAGGAAUAGGUUGAUGUGAAAGCACAGUAUUCGCGUGUGACUAGGGUGAGUUUUACUUAUAGUCUGAAGCUGUCUUGCUUGUUGGAAUGUGAAAAGAUGCAUUUCAUUCUAAGCAUGAAAUGUAAGUUAGGAGCAGUAAAGGGUGUGUGUGAGAGAGAAAUUGUAGAGGGAGAGGUCUUAAUCCUGAAUUUUCUAGGUAAAAGAAAGUGUGCAAACAGCUAUAGAAACAAAAUGUAAUUAGUAAUGCUUCUUGGGACAGAUUACGAUAAAACAGGUUUGUAGAUGAGGAUGUCUACAUCUGGUCCUACUAGCUAAAAUUUGCAAAGAAGCAGGAACUGGGGAGUAUCCAGUGAAAUCCUGCGAACAGGAAUUCACAGUUUGGAUUCUGUAAACUGUGUUCAUGUGGUCUUGUUGAUUUGUUUUCCAGAUUAGGCUGCCACAGGAUACCAGUGUCUCAUGCCAUUCUAGUAUUCUGGGUCCAUGUAAACUUUGCUAAUUCCCAAGACAAGAAUAUACAAACCUCUGGUUUUCCUCUAAUAAUCUCAGACUUACAAUUUUAGACCAGGAAUGAUCAAGGUAUCACUUGCAGGCCACAUACAGACCCCCCUCUAUACUGCCAUAUAAUCCAGUUUCUGAAUCCAGAUUAUCUGCUUUGAACUGCCUUAUAAGGCAAUGUAGUCACAUAUAAUUCAGUUCAAAGCAGAUAAUCUAGAUCCCGAAACUGUAUUAUAUAACAGUGUAGAUCCAGCCAUAGUCCUCAAGCACAUGCUUUCUUUCCCUGAUCCCAGACCUUUCCCAUACAAUCAUUUUCCACUAUUGGAAUAAUCCAGGAGCAGUCAUUUACAUUAAAAUAAGAUGUAGUGCCCCUGCACCUUAUUUUAAUGUAGUUCUCCAUCCAACUGGUGUUUUGGGACUACUGCACCCCAAAAUGUUCCUUGAAAUAGAAAGUUGGCCCCCAGGUCCCCUAGAAUUUGUCCACUGCCUUAGAUGCAAUAUGCAACAUUUUAUGCUUAAUCAAACUGAAGCCUAUAUUCAGAAUAAAGUGGGUAGAUUAAGAGGAAACAAGUGGCCCAGCAAACAAAAUGAAAAGGCUGUUGAACUAAUGUUUAAUUAGCGAUGCAGUACACAGGGAUGCAAGAUUGCUUUCCAUUGAGCUAGCCUUUGAAAAUCUAGGAGGGAUGAGGUGAUGAGUCUUCUGAACACAGUUUCGAACUCUGGCUUAUUAAUAAGCUUGAUGCUCAUUUUCCCCUCAACUAGUUCCCACUGCUUUCAUUUGUGCAUUUAAUCUGUUAUCCCUUGAAUCUUUAGACAAUCUGUGUAAUGAAAUAUGAUCAAGUAGGAUUCAGCUUGGAUCCUUCAUAAGGUCCAAGUUAAACCAAGAAUGGGGAACUUAUGCCCCAUCAAAUGAUGUGCUCAUAUUUUCAUCUGUCUUACUGGGAUGCUGGGAGGUACGGUCCCGUAACAUCUGAAGGGCCUUUUCCAUUUCCUAUUCCUGGAUUUUAAAUACUAGUUCCCUUCCUCUGUUUUAGAUACACGAUUGAUUUGAAUGGAAGUAGGAUCUCAUUAUAUCUUUAUGUGGCCCUCUCGAUGUUGUUGGAUAGCAACAUCUUGAGGGCCACAGUUCUCCACCUCCAUUCUAGGAAGAUAGAUCUGGUGGAAAGGAGACAGAUUUUCACUGUUUUCUUGGAGCAGCUGGAACAGGAUUUAGGUCCUCCUAAUGUAUGCAUGGAUGUGGUGAUGGGAAAAAAAACUAUCUGGAGCAUCUCAGGGUAUUUAUUUGUGCUAAAAUGUAUGUUUCAGCUCUUUUAAUCAUUUUUUUUUUCAGUUCCAUGGACAAAGUUUUUCAUGUCUUCAUUUUCUUUAUUAUAUUAGUAAUCAUUUCAUUACUGUUAAUAAUUCAUCCAAACAAUUGGUUUCUUCCAUAUUUAAUAUUUAAAGAAGUUGAGUUGUGUUGAUCUUCAUCGUCUGUCUUAUUUAAUUCUGUGGUAAUACAAGCUUUUCUUCUCAUUUUUAGGUUCUCGAUAGCACUGCUAAAAUAGCAUAAACUUGCAUAUUAAGAUAUGCAAGCAGUCUUCUAAAACCAGCAUUAGAAAUCAAAUGGUGGUUUUUUUUUGAGAAUUUGAAGAAGGCGAGAACUAUCUUUUUGAUCCCAUUUCCCUCCAAUUGAUGCAUGCUUUCCCUUUUGCCAAAUCUCUCACACUCUGCAGUCUAACUCUUUACUUUACUUGGAAUAAUCUAUAAACCCUUUACUUGGACUAAUCUAUAAACCACAUACUCAUUGCCUGUUGAUUUUUACUUCUUAUUUUCCUAUAACAUUGUGUCAAUGGUUAAUGAUAAAACAACACUGUAUGUUUGCUCAUCUAAGCAAACUAUGGUAAAAAGUUACAUAUGCAGUUAAAUUGUAUCAAUUUUGACAUUGUUCCUUAUUGUCUAUGAUAAAUGGGUGAUAAAAAUAAAAGACCCUACUUAACCAGACAGUCAGAUUAAAAACAUGACCAUGUGGCACAGGAAAUAUGCCUGUGAUCAUGUGUAGGACUGGUAUGCCAAAUACAUGGGUGUAUACUUUGAAGCUAGGAAAUGAAAAUAGCAUGUAUUAAAGUUACAGCAGAUCUACAGUAGCAGCUGUUGUUUGUUUUGUGAAAAUAUGAAAUGUUAUUUGUAGGUCUUAUGAAAAUGCAGGCUAAGCAUGGCAUCUGGAAUUACUGGUCUCACAUUCAGUGCACCUUAGAGAAUAUAGCCUGAUCUCCCGUUUAUUUGUGCCUGACAUUAUGAUUAAUUUUGGCAACAGGUUUCAUGACUUGAUCUUCUUCUGUAGUGACAUAUCUAACCUGAAUGCUCUCAGCUGCAUUUUACUUGCUUUAUUUCUCUUUCAGUGACUAAAAAGACCAAUUGACAUUUGUCCUCUGCUGGCUUCUGGAUUUGGCUGUGAAAAAUCUUAUCUCUCCAACUUUGCUUUCCCUUAAACAUCCAAUUUUUGC